AGGCCCCGUGUGAGAUAUCUGGAGUUGCCCGACGGAAUGUUUUACCCACAUAAGUUGUCAGAAGGCGAGUGCGACGCGGUGUGUCACUCUGUCCUGCAGCCCACAGGCUCCGGGCUGACUCGGGGUCUGUGAGUCCGGAGUGGAGCGGUGUCUCCAUGUGUAGUGCGCUUUAAAGAGGCUCCACGGAGCCGCCGACUUCGCCUCCGGGCUACUUGGAGCGUCCUGUUAUGUAAUGCGCUCCGGCCGACUGCCCGCAUCCAAACAGCCUGGGCCCACACGUGUAAUCACUAAACAUGCUUUUCUUGUUUUAAUGCCGGGCCUCGGUGUUAGCGUGUGGAUUUGGGGAAAGCAAAGCAAAGUGGCCGCUUGAGAUGUGAGAGGCAGCGAUCUUCUCUUAGUGUGUGCACGCACGCAGGGCUGCUGGAUCACACCGAGUCGGCCCCAUAUGUGGCACAGAUUAUACUUAUACGUCCUGUGGCAGAUGCAUGUUUUUACGGUUCGCAUUACGUAAGAGCGGCAUGCAGCUGCCUGACCUGUCGGUGAGUGUAUCAAAGGUGAGUCGAGGACUAAGGUUAUCCCUGCAGGGAGCUCGGAAGCGGAAGGAAAACAGGUGGUCCACAGAGUCACUGGGCGGUCUUUCAGGCUGACACACUGACUGUUUGUACAGAGAAGGACGGCUCAAACGCAGACACACCUCUGAUGCCUCUGGCCAGUCAGAGCUCAUGGUGUGUGCAUGCUGGGAUCAACUAGUGGCCUGGCCAAAGUGCACAGUGUUGCUGCACACAGUAAAGCCCACACAGGAUGUCGUGGGCCAGAGGCCUCUUUGUAGGCAGAGUCGAUGAGCGAAAGACAGCAUGGGGAGAGCGCAACGGCAAGAAGAGGAAGGACAGCUCGUCACUCUGCAACCCACACUACAUGAGCUGCCUGAGGGACUCUGAGGACCUGGAGCUCCCUAAUGCGGCCCCCCAACAUUACCACAGUGGAGCGGGCACCAGUGGGGGCAGCUUUGGCCUGCGCUGCGGCUGGCAGGAGGACCACUAUGGGAAGAGGAUGGGCGGCGGGGAUCUGGGUCUGAAGGCCGUGGACCUGGGCUUUGAGGAUGGUGAGCUGAAGGGCAGGAAGGAGGAGGAAUUGGCGGAGGGCAGCUGCAAGGCGAUGACAGCAGCAGACUGCUGGAUGCGGGUUGUGUGGGUUUUCCAGUCCAAGAAGUUUCAGUCGGCCAAGCUGGAGCGUCUGUACCAGCGCUACUUCUUCAGGCUCAACCAGAGCUCUCUGACAAUGCUGAUGGGGGUGCUGGUUGUGGUGUGUGGGGUCAUGCUGACCUUUCACUGCAUCCAUAGUACCCCACACGUGGCCUACGUCUCAGUACUCUCUGUGGCCAUGGCUCUGUUCCUGGCCAUGAUGGUGGUGUGCAACCGCAACGGCUUCCACCAGGACUACAUGUGGAUUGUGAGCUACCUGGUGAUCGGGGUGCUGAUAGUAGUGCAGGUUUUCGGGGUGCUGAUGGUGUACCCCUCCAGUGCCUCAGAGGGCAUCUGGUGGACAGUGUUCUUCAUCUACAUCAUCUACACGCUGCUGCCGGUCAGAAUGAGGGCUGCUGUGGUCAGUGGGACUGUGCUGUCCACCAUACACGUCGUGACCGCCUGGCAGCUCAACCAGGAAUACAAGUUCAUUUUCAAACAGAUCAGUGCCAACGUGCUGAUCUUCCUGUGCACUAACAUGAUCGGGAUCUGUACCCACUAUCCUGCUGAGGUCUCCCAGAGACAAGCCUUCCAGGAGACGAGAGGAUAUAUCCAGGCCAGACUGCACCUGCAGAGGGAGAACCAGCAGCAGGAGCGCCUACUGCUCUCAGUGCUGCCAAGGCACGUUGCCAUGGAGAUGAAGGCUGAUAUCAAUGCCAAGAAGGAAGAUAUGAUGUUCCACAAGAUCUACAUCCAAAAGCAUGACAAUGUCAGCCUGCUGUUGAGCCCAGCCGGUGCUUUUCAGGCUGCGGUGGCGAUGGCGGCAGGGAAGGAAACUCAAACAAGCAUACUGUUUGCAGACAUCGAGGGCUUCACCAGCCUGGCGUCUCAGUGCACGGCGCAGGAGCUGGUCAUGACACUGAACGAGCUGUUUGCCCGCUUCGACAAGCUGGCCUCGGAGAACCACUGCCUGCGUAUUAAAAUCCUAGGGGACUGCUACUACUGUGUGUCAGGGCUGCCUGAGCCCCGGGCUGACCACGCCCACUGCUGUGUGGAGAUGGGAGUAGACAUGAUCGAGGCCAUCUCGCUGGUGAGAGAGGUGACGGGCGUUAAUGUGAACAUGCGGGUGGGCAUCCACAGUGGGCGAGUUCACUGCGGGGUGCUGGGCCUGCGCAAGUGGCAGUUUGACGUCUGGUCCAACGACGUGACACUCGCCAACCAAAUGGAGGCCGGGGGGAAGGCUGGGCGCAUACACAUCACCAAAGCCACGCUGCAGUACCUGAACGAGGACUACGAGGUGGAGCCUGGGUUUGGAGGGGAGAGGAACGCUUACCUGAAGGAGAACAACAUCGAGACCUUCUUGGUGCUCGGCUGCAGCCAGAAGAGGAAAGAGGAGAAAGCCAUGAUGGCCAAGAUGCAGCGAGCACGUGCAAAUUCUGUCGAGGGAUUGAUGCCACGCUGGGUGCCUGACAGAUCAUUCUCCAGAACCAAGGAGUCCAAAGUCUUCAGGCAGAUGGGCAUCGAUGAAGCAUCCAGCAAAGACAACCGCUGCGCUCAGGAGGCUCUGAACCCUGAGGAUGAGGUGGACGAGUUUCUUGGACGGGCGAUCGACGCACGAAGCAUCGACCAGCUGAGGAAGGACCACGUCAAGAAGUUCCUGCUCACCUUUCAGACCGCCGACCUCGAGAAGAAGUACUCCAAAAAGGUCGACGAUCGUUUUGGGGGAUAUGUGGCCUGCACACUUCUCGUUUUCUGUUUCAUCUGUUUCAUCCAGAUUAUAAUUUUCCCAAAAACGCCACUUAUGCUCGGUCUUUACAUCAGCAUCUUCAUCAUCCUCGCCAACAUCCUCUUCAUCUGUGCCAUCUACUCCUGCAUCAAACUCUUCCCAGAUGCCUUGCAGACUGUAACCAAGAAAAUAGUCCAGUCUCGUGCCAACAGCACGCUGGUGGGCGUCCUCACCAUCCUCCUCCUCUUCAUUUCCUCCUUUGCUAACAUGUUUACCUGCAGCAGAGAGAAUCUGGAGGAGUGUGUGGCCAACGAGCUGAACACAACCUCAGUGACUCUCUGUCUGCUGCGCAACCUGACCAAGACCGCAGAGGACGGCCUGACUCUGUGUUCCAGCCAGGUCAUGCCCUGCCAUUUCCCCGAGUAUUUCAACUACAGCGUACUGCUGACCCUGCUGGCCUGCUCCGUGUUCCUCCACAUCAGCAGCAUAGGGAAGCUGGCUCUGAUGUUGUUCAUCCAGCUCACUUUCCUCCUGCUGGUGGAGUGGCCUCAGGUGGCCCUGUUUGACAACGCAGACCUGCUGGUCAAAACCCUGCAAAACUCACCUGUUAAUGAUUCCCUACUACAGCGUAGUUUCAAUGAAACUGCAGAACAGUGCCUGGAGAGCCUGACCAAGGUACCCCUAAAGGUCAUGACCCCUGUAAUCCUGACAGUGUUUGUUCUGGCGCUCUACCUGCAUGGCCAGCAGGUGGAGUCCACCGCACGCCUUGACUUCCUCUGGAAGCUGCAGGCCACAGAGGAGAAGGAGGAGAUGGAGGAGCUGCAGGCGUACAACCGCCGCCUGCUCCACAACAUCCUGCCCAAGGACGUAGCCGCCCACUUCCUUGCACGGGAGCGCCGGAAUGAUGAGUUGUACUACCAGUCGUGUGAGUGCGUCGCUGUCAUGUUUGCCUCCAUCAGCAACUUUUCCGAGUUUUAUGUGGAGCUGGAGGCUAACAACGAGGGAGUGGAGUGUCUCAGGCUGCUCAACGAGAUCAUCGCUGAUUUUGACGAGAUCAUCAGUGAGGAGAGGUUCCGUCAGCUGGAGAAAAUCAAGACUAUCGGCUCCACCUACAUGGCAGCCUCCGGCCUCAACGACUCCACCUACGACAGAAAGGGCCGUUCACACAUCCUGGCUCUGGCUGACUACGCCAUGAGGCUUAGGGAGCAGAUGAAAUACAUCAACGAGCACUCCUUCAACAACUUCCAGAUGAAGAUAGGGUUGAACAUGGGGCCAGUGGUAGCAGGGGUGAUUGGAGCCAGGAAACCCCAGUAUGAUAUCUGGGGGAACACAGUGAAUGUGGCCAGCCGGAUGGACAGCACAGGAGUACCCGACUGCAUCCAGGUGACCACCGACCUGCACCACGUGCUGGUCAACAACGGAUACCAGCUGGACUGUCGAGGUGUUGUCAAGGUGAAGGGGAAGGGCGAGAUGACCACUUACUUCCUCACCAGCGGCCCCCCGGGCAGUUAACAACGGAGAGGCCGACUGCAGCGUGACUCCCACUGCACUAACAAGACAGAGACUGCAGAGAGGCUGAGUGGUCAGCUCGGCAAUAAGCACCGAGGCACGGUGCGAACACACUGGGGGACAGGAGACGGUCGACGCAUACGAGCUCGGCCUGUCUGUAUGUUGUCACGUACUCAGAUGCACACAUGUAGGACCGUGUUUGAGGAUGCUCGAGAGAUCACGAAGCCCAGUUGCCUUAGAACGGAAGUGGCUAUGCUUGUGUUUAUGAGCAAUAGUACAAGUAUUUCAUCUGGAGUCGUUAUUUAUUUUCAUGCAGAUGGAUUUUUGUGAUGACCUCUAUAUAUAUUUAUAUAUAUAUAUAUAUAUAUAUAUGUGUGUGUGUGUGUGUGUGGGUAUAUAUAUAUAUAU